AUGUACGGACGCCUCGACCGAGCGAAGCUAUUCACCGUCACCCAAGCCCUGUCGGAGUUGAAGCAGGGGAACCUCUCGGUUACCUCUUGCUUCAACCGCCUCUUCGCUCUAUGGAAUGAGCUUGAGGCCGCCGAAGAACGACUCGAAGUGGAAGGAUCAAGCUCAGCCCCAGCCCGUCUGUCCAACAUGAUGACACCCCAGGAGUGUGAGCUCCCAGUGAUAGACCUGAGUCAGCGGGGUGCAGAGGAGCACAUAUUCCGGGCCGCCAAAGAAUGUGGACGCUUCCGGGUGGUGAAACAUGGGAUCAGCAGUAAGCUGCUUAGGAAGAUGAGGAGGGAGGAGGUUAAGCUGUUCGAGAAACCCCUUGAGAUCAGGGCCCGCUCUGGCCUCCUCAACAACUCCUCCCCCCGGGGCACUUCCCCUGCCCAGUUCUCCCACCAUGUCCCCCUCAUGAAGAUUUAUGACUCCUCUUGCCAUGGCCAAUUCACCUCUCUCGGAGGAGUGAUGCUGGAGUUGGCCCCCGCCAUGUUUGGGCUAACCAAGACGCUGGCGGGGUUCCUAGAGGAGAGCCUCGGGCAUCAGGGCGGCAGCACGUUCAAAGAGAAAUGUGAUAAGAGCACGUGCUUCCUCCAGCUGAACCACUACCCGGUGUGCCCGCUGUCGCCGGAGACUUUCCAGGGGGUGCCCCACGGGGACAAUUACUUCCUGACUAUUCUCUCCCAGGACCAGGUAGGAGGCAACCGCGACGCUCUCAUUGUCAGCAUUGGAGACCUUCUGCAGGCGUGGAGCAAUGACGUGUACAGGAGUGUGGAGCAAAAGGUGCGGACAAAGAGAGAGGUGGAGAGAUACUCCGUUGCUUUCUCCCUCUGCCCUUCGCCCGACUCUCAGAUCGGGAGCUGCAGAAAGCCCUCCGUCUACGGAAAGUUCACUUUUGGUGAAUACCGGGAGCAAGGCCGUAUUUAUGGUCUUCAGCAUUUCAGGCUAACGGAGAGCGUUGACGUCUCCACAGACUUGGCGCUCUACAAAGACCCGUGGAAGAUCAGGAAAAAGCUAACGGAAAGCGACCUCAGCCCUUUGUCGCGGCUCCUGCUUCCAGGGGGCUGCCUGCAGACCCACGUGUUCCCGCAGAUGGACGAGAAGAUGCUGAGGCACGUCAAGAGCGAGGAGGGGAUGCCGGUCGUCGGCAAAGACGUGGCCACAGGCCACGAGCACCAGUUCGUCUUCCGCUGCUGGAAGUCGACCGGGAGCUACGUGCUGAACGGUGGCUGGACCAAGGAGUUUGUCGAGGAGAAAAGGUUGAAGGUCGGGGACGAGAUCGGGAUGGUCUGGUUCAUGUCCUCUCGCAUGUUCUACUUUAAGGUCCUUCACAGGGCCGCUGCUUGA